GGCCUCUGCACCUGUGCGCCACAGAGUUGAUAAACAAAACAAAAAAAAAAUGUGGUGAAGCAAAUUUGUAGAUAAUCUACGUUGCAUAAUAAGGCCGCAGCCAACCCCCGAGCUUGCGCAGGGAUUACAGCGGCGCUCGAAUGCUCGGCCCCCGCCGCGGCGAGAUCUCGGUUUCCAGGGUAAUCCCGGUGGACAUGUGCAGCUCAAACAGGAAACUGGAAAGGAAGUGACAGAGCCACAGUUCAAGUCAUCAGGAACAGGACCCUUUAACACCAUGAAUUAAGUCCUACGUUUGUUAAAUAGGCCCUACCAUAUAAAAUAAUAUUUAAUUCCCUCCUAUAAAUAACAAUUGAUAGACAGUUCACGCACAGACACGCUCAACAUGGCGUCCGUGCCGGUUUACUGCUUGUGUCGCCUGCCAUACGACGUGACACGCUUCAUGAUCGAGUGUGACAAUUGUCAAGACUGGUUCCAUGGAAGCUGUGUUGGAGUGGAGGAGGACAAAGCAACUGAGAUUGACCUGUAUCACUGUCCCAACUGUCAGGUCACCCAUGGGCCAUCUGUCAUGCGUAAACGCCGUGGAGGCAAUAAGCAGACAGACAGUGGUGCUGCAGCAGGUAGAGAUCCAAGUCGGCCAGUUAAGACAGGCAGUCCACAGUUUGUUCGGGAGCUACGAAGCCGCACCUUCCCAAAUGCGGAUGAAGUCUUGCUAAAGCCGUCUGGGGCCCAGCUGACUGUGGAGUUUCUUGAAGAGCAUUCUUUCAGUGUUCCUGUUAUGGUGCUGAGACGGGAUGGCCUAGGCAUGACCCUUCCUCCAUCGUCAUUCGGCGUCAGUGAUGUAGAGCACUAUAUCGGAGCAGACAAAGAGAUCGAUGUGAUUGAUGUGUCACGGCAAUGCGACUUGAAGAUGCGGUUGGGAGACUUUGUCGAAUAUUACAACCGCCCCAACAGAGACAGAGUGCUCAAUGUCAUCAGCCUGGAGUUCUCUGAGACCAGGCUCUCAAACCUGGUGGAGACUCCAAAGAUAGUGAGGAAAUUGUCAUGGGUAGAAAACCUCUGGCCUGAAGAGUCCGUGUUUGAACGCCCCAAUGUGCAGAAGUACUGCCUAAUGGGAGUGAAGGACAGUUACACAGACUUCCACAUUGACUUUGGGGGCACCUCAGUAUGGUACCAUGUACUGAGGGGCGAGAAAAUCUUCUAUCUAAUUUCCCCCACCGCAGCCAACCUGGCACUUUUUGAGCGGUGGAGUUCUUCAUCUAACCAGAACGAGAUGUUCUUUGGAGACCAGGUGGACAUGUGUUACAAGUGCUCUGUCAAACAAGGAAACACUUUGUUCAUACCAACGGGGUGGAUUCAUGCUGUCCUGACUCCAGUGGACUGCCUGGCCUUUGGUGGAAACUUCUUGCAUAGUCUCAACAUUGACAUGCAGCUGAGAGCAUAUGAAAUAGAGAAGAGAUUAAGCACAGCAGACUUGUUCAGAUUUCCCAACUUUGAGACUGUGUGCUGGUAUGUGGGAAAGCAUCUCCUAGAUACCUUCAGAGGUUUGAGAGAAAAUCGCAGACACCCUGCCACUUAUCUGGUUCAUGGAGCUAAGGCCCUGAACAAUGCUUUCCGUGGCUGGACCCGUAAAGAGGCUUUAGCAGACCAUGAAGUAGAGAUUCCAGAAACCAUCAACACACAGACACUAGUGAAGGACCUGGCCAAGGAGAUUCGUCUUGUUGAGGAUAUCUUCCAGCAAAACAUUGGCCGCACUGGACCUCAGUUUCCUGGUUCCCCUCUCUCUAAAGCUCCCUUGACCACCUCUCAGAAUUCAGGACGCCCCCCUGGAAAAAAGAAAGCGCCCAAGCCCAAAGAAGUGAUUGGGGUCCUUGGGCCCCCAGGAACCAAGAAGAAGAGUCAAAAGGGCCUGCUGAAGGCAGAAGCCGGAGAACUUGACCUCAUUGAGAUCCACACCAAACAUACGCUCAAGAAAUUUCCUGGCAAAUCCAAAAACAAGAACAAGUUGGAGUUGCCAUUAAAAGAGUUUGAGGGGAAGCUUAAUAAAAGCAAACUGAAACUCGUGCUGACCAACGGAAAAAUCAAAGGUAAGAAGGCUGGCAGCAAGAAUGGUGCAGGAGGUGCUGGAAACUACAAACAUCUUGCCAUGGAGGGAUCCAGUCUGUCUGACCUAGAGUCUGAGGAUGAGCUGCAGAUUGACGAGACCCCUCCUCCACGACGCAAACCUGCAGGACCUAGCAAGAAAAAGAAACUAAGCGGUCUUCCUAGGAAGCUUCCCAGAGCCAAACCCUGCUCUGACCCCAAUCGCAUCAGAGAGCCAGGAGAGGUCGACUUUGACAUUGAGGAGGAUUACACCACAGAUGAAGAGGCACUGGCUGCCCACGGAGUGAAGGGUGGAGCGGGGGGCAUUCUGGACUUAUUGAAGGCCAGCAAGCAAGUGGCAGGCCUGGACUCUUCAGCACUUAGUGAGGAAGCCCCAGCCUCUCCUAGUACUCGUGAUGCCAUUCAGGGUAUGCUCUCCAUGGCCAACCCUCCUUCCUCGUCUUCAUCUUCCUCCUCUUCAUCUCCCUUAUCUAUCUCUGGAGGCCUGACAGAGGGAUUGGGGGUGGUCAAGGAAAAAGGUGGCAAGGCUGUGUGGGUGACUGGAGGGGUAAAAAAGACAGGAGGUCCUGAGAAGAAACCUGUCAUCCAGCGGCCUGGGAAACGGCCAAUUAAACGUCCAGCUCGUCACUUUAGUGAUGAGGAGAGUCCAGAUGAGCAAGAAACACUGGGAACGUGUUUUAAAGAUUCCGAAUAUGUUUACCCAUCCUUGGAAUCUGAUGAGGAGGACCAUGCUAACAAGGCUAAAGCGAAGCGCAAGAAAAACUGGGAUGACACUCCUUGGAGCCCUAAAGCCAGAGUGAUGCCCACCCUUCCCAAACAGGAGCGACCAGCCAGGGAAGGGGCGAGAGUUGCAUCUGUAGAAACUGGUCUUGCUGCUGCUGCAGCCAAACUGGCACAACAAGAGCAGCAAAAGCCAACUAAAAGGAAGUACACCAAAAAACAGCGUCCUAGUGCUCCAGUAGUUGCUCCUCCCCCUGUUCAACCUGAGCCAGCCCCACCCUCUCCAUCACCUGCUCCGGAGUCUGCAGCAGACUUAAGCCCAGAAAGGAGGAUGGAUUACUACUCUGCUAGUCUCAUGGACCAUGAAUACACAGCUGGACCAGGACCUUUUGGCCCUGGAGGCCCUAGAGGUAGCGGAGCCAUGGCCCCUGGUGUGUUCCUCACUUCACGUCGACCUUCCCUGUCUCCACAGAAUAGCAGCUCUCACUCGGGUGCAUCCCCUGCAGCUUUGGCCAGCCAAGGCACAACAGGAGUUGGCCAAGGGAAACGUCCAAAGAAAGGACUUGCUACUGCAAAACAGAGACUUGGAAAAAUUCUGAAAAUUCACCGCAACGGCAAACUUCUUUUGUGAGAGAUGUUGGAAAUGUGGGAAUCAAGAAAAAGGAUUUUGUGAAAGUAGGUCUGAAGGAAAUAGAAAUAGUAUUCUAUAUUUUGUACUCUAGAUAAUUUUGUUUACUGUUUUCACCUGUUAAUUGAACCUCACUAUGUUUGUCUUACAUCAAGUAUUCAGCCCAAUUAGCAGUCUGUUUUGGCACUCCACCUAACUAUAUCUGCAUAAAGCUAUAUUCAGUGGCACAUCUGUGACUUUGCACAGAUCACUGAAAUUCUCUCAACAAACACUCACUGUGGUAUAUAACUAUCACACAUUUGACUACAAGAAAUUGUAGAAAGUGUUUCAAAAUGACAGGUGGACAGUGACUUAACUAGCUAGAUUAACUAGCAUAUUACAUAAACAGGCCCUAAUUUUUUCUUUUGUUUAUAUCCUUUGCUAUUUUUAAAGGCUGUAUUUAUGCAAAAACAUUGAACUGUCCAUCAUGAGGUUUUUAAAAGGGAACGAAAAUCAACACUGUCUAGUCAGGUAAAAUGAUCCCAUUCCAACAAAAACAAUGACACAAAGCCAUGCAGUUGAAAUAUUGUAUGCAGUCAUUCAUUUUACCUUAUAGAAUCUUGUGUGGUAUGAUAACCUCAGCAUGUCAAUCUUAAACACAAACAGUUUGGCAAAAAUCUAGUCGGCACAUUGUAAGCACCCAGUAUAGAACAUGUAUUAAUUUGACCAAUUUCUUACUGCCCCAGUUCAGACCUGGUAUUUACAUCUGUCCUGAGAGAUCUGAUCACAAGUGGACACCUCCAAGUUGGUCAGUUCACACCUGGAAUAAGAAUGCAUGCUGAGUACGUCACCUGUGACCACUCUUCCCUCUAUAUGCAAAAUCACAUGUACGUCAUUUCAGUUCACAAAGACCAAAUUAUGUUUUUUUUUAAAUGUGUUUUAGCAACUAUACAGAUGUGUCCAUUGUCAACGUGUUAGUGUUGCCGCAAGCAAGAUUUUACCCCCUUUAAAAAAAAGGGGGAAAUCUACAUGUGCCAGUCACUGUUUAUAUUGUGGUGGUGGCCCCAAACAAAUCAUUGUAUGGGAACUGAGAAAUGUAAAAAAUACAUCUAGCAGUUGUAGUUUCAAUGUGAAACUACAACUGUUCAGAGGCCAUCUACUGAAUAGGGUGGACGUUCAAUGUGGCCCAGGACACAUUUGCGUACACACAGCUAAAAGAAUGUGACCCCAUGCGUCCCAGACCACCUCCGAAUAUGGUCUGAAUGAUUGGAUCACAAAUGUGUCCUCAAUGCGUCUUGGGUGUGUUCACAUCUGUACUGUACUAAGAGCUGUCGGAUCACUCUGGACAGAUGUUAAUACCAGGUCUGAAUGGGGUCACUUUGUUUAACUCAUUUUCCUCCAUGAAAAAGAAAGCUGUAAACUGAUUCCAAGAGUAACAUACAAUUAUAUUUAUUUGAUCAUAUUUAUUUCAUCGAGGCAAUGCUUCGCCACCUCUUCGCCUGUUUUAAUGUAGUAUGUUUUUACAACCUCAUCUUCUUAGUUCCUAUUCUAAUUACUUUCAACCACUUAAUACCUGUACAAAAAUGUUAUCCACAACUUUGUUACAAUUUUUUUACAGUUUUAAUUUGUCAUUGUAAAUAUUUGUAAUAUUUGUAAUUUAUAUAGCUACAUUGGAAAAGCAGAAAAUUAUUAUUAGUUGAAGAGACUAGUUUCCUGCAGGUUGCUAUAGUCCAAGCCCAGAUUGUUGGCAGCCUUCUUGGGCCAGACAUAGACAUGUGCUUUCUUUCCACAGAAUGUACUAGUGAUAAAAUGUUGGCAGAAAUGUAGAUUUGACUGUGUGAAAACAUUGUGAAGGUGCAGAAUCUGAAUUCAUAUGUAAAUACAUGUUGUAAUUUAAGUUCUUUUAUAGUUCAAAAACUUUGAAAUCUUUCUUAACAUAACUUGUACAUGAUACAUUGUUGUAUUUGGAAAAUAUCUGAAAUAGUUCUUUUUUAUAUUUGUAUGCAGUAAUUGUCAUGCUUAGUUUGUCAUGUCUUGUUAGUACGAUAUUUGAAGUGUGCUGGGAAAAAAAAGCCCAUGUUAAAUUUCAUGCAUUUAGUUUUAUAUUAAUUAUUGUUGAUAUUCACUCUUGUGUUGGUGUGUACUGUGUGUUUUAAACGUGUUUAAAUACAACCUGGAUAAGAUAAAAAUAUACCUUGGGCAAAA